AACAAAACUAAGGUGCUUGAUCAUUUUAAGAACCAAAAAACCUUCCAAGGUAUCAAGAAAGAUCUAUAUAUACAACACCGAAUGCACUGGUCAUUGUCACCGUUUUUAGGUAAACACAUAAUUAUUCGAAGUAUAGUUCUUGCAGGUAGCAAUUUAUCUCAUCAUGGCUGAACAAAGGCAACCAUUCCGCUUCAGGCUCCCUUGGUUAGCAGCUCCACAGCCAGCACCAGCUGCUCCUCGUCCCAGCCAAGAAACGGAACCAACAUCUCAGAGAGCACCAGCUGCUCCACGCACCAGCCAAGCAACCCAAGCGCCACCACAGCCAGAAGGUCCUCCAGUGCAGCGCCCCCCUUUCCGCCCAGCAAGAUCUGCCCCGGUGCAAACCCCACCACCACCAGAAAUAGUAAGGGCUGAGCCCCAGUCAUCAUCAUUGCAAGGCAAGUCGAAGCCAACUUCACAACCCCCAGAGGCCAGACCAUCCCGCGGGUCACCAGGAUCGCCAUCACACACUAUAUCUCAGGUACAGGAUACCUCCCGACGAACUUCUCCAGCUCAGGUGAGUUCCAAACUCCAAGAAGCAGCCAAGGUGCCACCACAGUCCCCUUUUUCAACAUUUGGAAGUACCCUACAAACUAGGUCAAUAGCCACCUCAGCACCACCUCUGACACCGCCACAAGCAAAGAUCCCAUCCCGAAUAAACAAUACAUCAGCCAAAACAUCUGAAAGUCCACAAUAUCCAAAAGAGCUCAGAAAGCCACAUACUUCCAUGCCACCUACAGAAGAACCCAAGCGAGUGCCUGUCACAGCCCGUUCAACUGAGAAGAGAGUAGAAUUUUUGGCAGGAGCAAAGAAACAACCAGAUUUUGAAGAACCUAAAAUAAAGGACUACCGAGACAAGCCUAGGGAAGAAGCAGUCAUUGACAAAGGCAUUAUAGCCCCUCAAGCACAUCCACUUGCAGACUUGGAUGAGCAAGAACAAAGUUCAGAAGAUGUUUUUGGCACAAAAGAGGUCUUCAAGAAAUUUGAAAAUGAUGGAUCUGAUGCUCAAAGUGAGAUCCGUGGUCGUCAAGAAAGAAGCUCUAGGUUUCCCCAUAAGCAUGCAAUGGCAGCACAAAAGACUCCUUACCACAAAGAGAUCAAAGAAAACUCGCCAAAGUUUAUGCAUAAGCAAAGUGUUCAGCAAGAUAAAAAUAUCUCACAUGGGAAGCCACUUUGUAUUGUCACUCUUACAGGAGAAAACAAUGGAGCAAUUAUGCAACUUAGCUCCGAGUCUCCAAAAAUAGAUAGGCCUGUUCAUAUUCAUAGGGGAUACAAGAUAAACCCAGACAAGGUUUCUGAAACAACUACUGACGACGAAGGAAGCUCCAGAGAGAGGAAAUCUGGAAACACAUACCCCCAAGAGGAGUUAGCAACAAUGUCAUAUAUCAACAACAAUGUACAGGGAAUAAACAAUUCAUUAGUCUUCAACAGCACCGUGGCAGAAAGAAACCCUGGUGUCCACGUGGUCACAUCUCGUAACCCAGUAAAACCUAUAAAGCCAGGAAAAGUGAACGAGAUGUUUGAUACCCACAAGGUUGAAGUAAGCAGCACCCCUGCUGAAAGGCUUGCGUAUGCACCAACCAUCAGAAGAAGAUGUCUACAAGGUCUCUUCAUGGAGACAAGUGACUCCGAUCAAGAAAAGCCCCGUCGCCACGGUUGUCGAGCCAAAUGCACUCAGAGCAAAGAUGAAAACAUUAAUGUUCUGUAAUAAUCCCGUUAAUCACAUAAUCAAGACAAUAAGUGCUACUUACCAAUAGCACAAGGAAACUCUGUAUGCUGCAUAAUAAAUUGUUUAUACAUGAUCUUAAAACAAAUUUGAUUUCUUUAUAUACAUUAGAUGUAUCCGUAGAGAACAAGAAAGCCAAUAUGAGCAAAGUUCAAUUCUUUGUACAGAGGAUGUGAAUUGCAAAAAGAAGUUUGUACUAAUCAAUUUCCAUAUAAUAUAUUUCUUACAUUGAAA